AUGGCAACGGUCGGAGGUAUUAGCCAGAGUCAAGGAUCUGAAAACAGCCUCGAGAUCGAGGAACUUGCUCGUUUCGCCGUCUCCCAGCACAACGAGAAACAGAAUGCAUUAUUGGAAUAUAAGAAGGUAACGAAUGUGAAGCAACAAGUGGUGUCAGGGACCAUGUACUACAUUACGCUGGAGGCUGCUGAUGGUGGUCAGAACAAGGUAUAUGAGGCCAAGGUGUGGGUCAAGCCAUGGAUGCAGUUUAAGGAAGUUCAGGAAUUUAAGCAUGUCGGUUACACCUGA